AAUAUCAUCUAAUUUCAUGAAAAACAUGAUUUUGACUGUUCAUUACCUUCAACUUUCUUUCAUGAGCAUAAUUGGUUUCAGUCUUUUGCCUUGGAAUGCAAUAUUUCUACAACAUUGGCGCAUUUAUACAGUUUUUCAGUGUAAAUCGCUUCAUAGAUAUGUGUCUGGCUGUAUGCUAUGGUGUCUGUAGACACUGCGUCGAGAUUAGAGGAAAACACCAUUUCUGAGGGGUAUCCUCUCGGCUGUAGUGCUCUUUAAUGGUGUGCGGAUUUUCCCAGGUGUUUCAUAUAGCAGUCAGAUGUAAAAAACCAGUGAUGCUGUAAUACCGCCUUAAUUCAUGAGGGUAGCCUCUCGUAGCGUAUUUCUCCGGCGCGCGGUCCCCACUUUUGGUAUGUCCCCCCUCUGCCCUCAGCAGCACGUAAGAGCUCUACCGUUGAGGAAACUGCAUUGAGCCAGCCUCGUUUAGCACUGGAAUGUUUUCUUGCUUUGUCAGCUGUGUCCUUGCAGCCUAUCAUACAAUAUAGCUACCUCCGAAUUGAUCAGAACCUCGGACUUUAACCUAGAACAGCAAUUUAUUAGACCGCCAGGGUUCCUUAUCACUCCUUUUCCCUUCCCCUGCUACACCUAGGACCAGCCUAUUGCGGACCUUGAACAAGGGCACAUCACGUUCACUUUUCAUUUUUUGCUAACCAGUAAAGAUGACAUUAAAAUCCAAUAAAAACGAACCCGCUGUCAUACUUGAGCGGGUCAACAGCGCUCGAACAGCCCUCUCCGACCUGUACCUGGAGCAGCUGCUCCAAAAUAAACCAAAGGCGGAAAAGGGGCUUAUGCCAGCCUAUGAGACAAAGGGAGCAGAAGUAUACACCAACGGCAGUGCUGGUCACAUGAACGGAACUGAGCUAACCAGGAUGCGUGAGGUGGCGUUUGAAAAAAAUCCCUCAGAGCCCAUGGGGGUGACUCUGAAAUUGAAUGGAAAACAGAAGUGCACUGUGGCCAGAAUAUUACAUGGGGGCAUGAUACACAGACAAGGUUCCCUAAAUGAAGGGGAUGAAAUAGCAGAGAUCAAUGGAACGAGUGUGGCCAACCAAUCUGUCGACCAGCUACAAAAGAUCCUGAAAGAUACCAACGGAGUAGUCACAAUGAAAAUCAUCCCCAACCAACCAAGGUGCUCUCCUGUGUGUGAGAUGUACAUGAGGGCUCAGGUUGACUACGACCCUGCCAAAGAUGAUCUCAUCCCAUGCAAAGAGGCAGGGCUGAAGUUCAAAACGGGCGACAUCAUUCAGAUCAUUAACAAGCAGGAUCCAAACUGGUGGCAAGGCAGGGUAGACAACUCUACCGCCGACUUCGCUGGACUCAUCCCAUCCCCAGAACUUCAAGAAUGGCGUGUGGCAAGUAAAAGCAAGGCCACAGAGGGCACCCAAUCCUGCAGCCCCUUUGGAAAGAAGAAAAAGUGCAAAGACAAGUAUCUGGCCAAGCACAGCUCUAUCUUUGACCAAUUGGACGUGAUUUCCUAUGAAGAGGUUGUUCGGCUCCCUGCCUUCAGCAGAAAAACCUUGGUGCUUAUUGGUGCACCGGGUGUAGGAAGGAGCCAUAUCAAAAGCUCGCUGCUGACCAAAUACCCCGAGAGGUUUGCCUACCCUGCACCACACACCACCAGACCCCCACGUAAGGACGAGGAGAACGGGCAGGAGUACUACUUCAUCUCCAACGACGCCAUGACCAAGUGCAUCACUGGGAAUGAGCUGCUGGAGUAUGGCAGCUUCCAGGGAUUCAUGUUUGGAACCAAAAUAGAGACUAUCCAGAAGAUCCAUGAGCAAGGCAAAAUCGCCCUGCUGGAUGUUGAACCACAGACAUUGAAACUCUUGCGGACGGCAGACUUUGCGCCUCUCGUGGUGUUCAUUGCACCCACCAACUCAGCUACCCAGUCAGAAGCGGUGCAGUUGAUCCAGAAGGAGUCGGAUGCCAUCCUCUCCAGCUACAGCCACUUCUUUGAUGUGCAGCUAGUUAACAAUGAUGUUGAUGAGAGUGUGAAAGGAGUGGAGGAAGCCAUGGAGCAAGCCACCUCCACCCCACAAUGGGUACCUGUUUCCUGGGUCUACUGACCUGUGUACCCCUGAAAAACCAUUGUAUGUUUAACAAAAACUGGUGCAAUAUCACACCCCCACAAGACCUGGGCCGAUAUCCACAAAGCGUCUCAGAGUGAGUGUGCUGAUCUAGGAUAAGUUUAGCCUUUUAGAUCAUAAUGCAAAAGAUUAUUGUCAGAUCCUAGAUCAGCACUCCUACUCCGAGGGGCUUUGUGAAUACAGGCCCUGGCCACGCGUUACUUAUACGCCAUUCUUUGUGUAGCAGCUAAUCACUAUGGUUAUUGUAAUUUUCAUUCAGUUUCACACAGGAGCAUUAAAAAAAAGAGCAAUAGAUGAAGAUAUUUUAUUUCAGAGAAAGUAUAAUGAACCCAACCAAAGGGAUAAUUUACGUUUGUAAAACCUUUGUGAAUCAGGCUUUUUAGGUGCAGAGUGAUUGGUACCGUCCGGCUGCAGAUAGGAUUGUUGGUAUGUUAACAAUUAAAGUGGACCACUACUGUGAACGCAACGCCACUACCUGACAGGGUUUCAUCAGUAUCCUUAACUCGGGUUUAAUUUUUAAAGUGUCAUGAAAUUUUGCAUAGCUAUAUUAUCAAUAUACGUGGUAAUGUGUUAAAAUACAGGGAAACGUGUCCUACAUGAAAUUGUCAAGUCUGUCAUCUUAAGUGAAUCAUUUUGUUGACAACCUCAGUACUGGUCUCAACUCAUCAGAAAUGUAUACCUCAUGUUAUGAUGUAAGGCACUUUCAAACAAUUAAACCCCCCCACUCCAUA